GGGUGUCAAGCCCCUGCCAGUGUGUGCGAUCGAGAUCGUGAAUCAACGCGAUGCAAAAAGCGACCUACUACGACAGUUCGGCGAUCUACGGUGGCUACCCCUACCAGGCAGCCAACGGGUUCGCUUAUAAUGCCAGUCAGCAGCCGUACUCGGGGCCCGGGGCACUGGGCGCAGACGGCGAGUACCACCGACCCGCCUGUUCACUCCAGUCGCCUGCCAGCGCCGGGGGCCACCCCAAGGCGCACGAGCUGAGCGAGGCAUGUCUGCGAACCCUGAGCGGCCCGCCCAGCCAGCCCUCUGGCUUGGGCGAGCCACCCCUGGCCCCACCGCCGCCCCAGGCCGCGCCCCCAGCCCCACAGCAGCCUCAACCCCCGCCACAGCCCCCUGCGCCCGCUCCUGCCGCGCCCCCGCCCCCCUCUUCAGUAUCCCCACCUCAGAAUGCCAGCAGCAACCCCGCCCCUGCCAGCGCUGCCAAGAGCCCCCUGCUCAACUCGCCCACGGUGGCCAAACAAAUCUUCCCCUGGAUGAAAGAGUCUCGGCAAAACACAAAGCAGAAAACCAGCGGCUCCAGCUCAGGGGAAAGCUGCGCCGGCGACAAGAGCCCGCCUGGGCAGGCGUCGUCCAAGCGGGCGCGCACGGCCUACACGAGCGCGCAGCUUGUGGAACUGGAGAAGGAAUUCCACUUCAACCGCUACCUGUGCCGGCCGCGCCGGGUGGAGAUGGCCAACCUGCUGAACCUCACCGAGCGCCAGAUCAAGAUCUGGUUCCAGAAUCGCCGCAUGAAGUACAAGAAGGAUCAGAAGGGCAAGGGCAUGCUGACGUCAUCAGGGGGCCAGUCCCCAAGUCGCAGCCCCGUGCCCCCCGGCGCGGGCGGCUAUCUGAACUCUAUGCAUUCUCUGGUCAACAGUGUCCCAUACGAGCCCCAGUCGCCCCCGCCUUUCUCCAAGCCCCCCCAGGGCGCCUAUGGGCUGCCCCCCGCAUCCUACCCCGCACCCUUGCCCACCUGCGCGCCCCCGCCACCCCCGCAGAAGCGCUACGCGGCGGCAGGUGCGGGCGCCGGGGGCACACCCGACUAUGACCCACACGCGCAUGGCCUGCAGGGCAACGGCAGCUAUGGGACCCCACACUUACAGGGAAGCCCCGUCUUCGUGGGGGGCAGCUAUGUGGAGCCCAUGAGCAACUCUGGGCCGGCCCUCUUUGGGCUAACGCACCUCCCCCACGCCGCCUCGGCCACCAUGGACUACGGGGGUGCUGGGCCGCUGGGCAGCGGCCACCAUCAUGGGCCUGGGCCAGGGGAGCCGCACCCCACCUACACGGACCUUACCGCCCACCAUCCUUCUCAGGGAAGAAUUCAGGAAGCCCCCAAGCUCACCCACCUGUGAUGGUGGGCUCGGGGCUGCGCGCCAGGAGAGCCCCCGGCCCCCCCACCUUUCUUCUUCUUUUGCAUUUUUUUGUUUUGUUUAGGGUUUUUCCUGUCCCUCCCUUUUCUCUCUCCUCCGCCCCCCCGGCUUCCCAUCCCCCACCCCAUUUUGUUUUCUUUGGUAACGCGUUUUUAUAGUUUAUGUGACGUAGCAAUCUUGGUUGCUGGAAUGGCUGUCAGUAUCAGUAGCGGUAUUUAUCUCCUCCCGCCCCUCACUCGGCCGCUGGCCCUGCACCCUUUACCUUCUCUACUCUUUGAUCAGAAACAGGGUAUAUGAACAAAUUUUCUAGCCGAGUUCUUCAAUGUGAAUUUGUUCGUACAUUAUGGCUCCCGAGAGGAAGCGAUUACUUUUAAAAAUUUUUUUAGUUUUUUUUUUAAUUGCACUUCUUGUAAAGAGCGAGAAAAAAAUCAAAGGCGCUUUGAAACAGGGGCUCCCUGUGCAAGGAUGACUAAGUGUACGUCUUUCCGUGUGUGUAUGCUGGUUAACAGUCAGAUUUAUUUAUAUUUUUUUUGCAAGCAUUGAAUAAUCUAAGUUUUAAAUAUUAUUUAUCCCCAUCCGUUCGUAUUUAUAUUAAAGAAAUUCUGUACCCUGAUUGUUCAGAAGGUUUCUUGGGCCUUUUGUUCAAUGGUGUAUUGGCGUACAUAGUAAAUUUUUUUAUUUGAAAGGGAAAUAUAAUUCCUUUAUAAAAACGGUAAUGAUGCAAUAAUAUCAGAGAGGAUCCAGCUUUUGACAGCAGUGAUUUAGGUUUGUAACAUCCGGCGAAACUGAAAAAAACAAUCUGUAAACGCGAAAAACGCUAGAUUUGUUUUGAGAGUUCUACAUUCCUUGCUGCUCACAUUCUGAGAAACA